AUGAAUAAUUUUCCUUCAACUAGUGAGAAAACUUCCAAGGUACCGUUCUUCUUACCGACUGAAAAUGUCGGUUCGAACGUACCUGCCCAUCCCGCACAACGUUACAUCUAUCCAAGUUAUCCUACUUAUAAUUAUCCUGCUCCUUAUCGACCUUUUCAACCAGCUCUUCCAUCUUAUCCAUCUCCUCAACCAUCAUCUUAUCCAUCGCCUCAAACACCACCAUCUUAUCCGUCUCCUCAGCCACUACCUUCUCAUCCAUCUCCACGGCCACCACAUCCUUCAUAUCCAUCAACACGGCCACCACCUCCUUCGUAUCCAUCCCCACGACCACCACCAGCAUCUUAUACAUCUCCACAACUACCACCUCAAACACAAGAAGUUAUAGUAAUAUCUUCAACUCCAUAUUUUGCAUUACGCCAGCCAACGCCAUCUCCUACAUCUUUUCCUCAACCAUCUUAUCCUCCAUCGCGACCUCCUCCAAGACUUCCACCUGCUCCCCUUUCACCUCCACCAUCCCAAUCUUCUUAUCCACCUAGUCCAACAACAAUCCCCUAUGCUCCUUCAAGCCCACCAUUAUUACCAUCUCCAUCUUAUUCACCUUCGCCCACAAUACCUACCCCUUAUCCACCAUCAGGCCCUAUUUCGAGACCAUCAUCGCCUUCAUUUUCUUAUCCACUAUCAUAUACUCCGUCGACUCUACCACCGAUAACAACUCCUUUUUCACCAUCAUACCCUUCGUCGCGGCCUUCACUACCUCCAACUGGGUAUUCUCCAUCGAGACCACCGCCAACUCCAAUUCCUCCUACUGGACCGCCACCACCUCCUCCACCGCCUCCUCCACCGUCUUCUCCACCGACUUCUCCACCGCCACCGCCACCGUCUCCACUACCGCCGCCGCCACCACCUCCAGUAUAUUUACCAGCAGCACAGCCACCCCCUCUUCCGCCGCCGCCACCACCACCUACUAGUUAG